GAGCUCGCGCGACUUCCGAUCCCUUGAAUCGAAAUUGCCGAGGGCGGUGUCACAAUUCGAGUUCAAGGUUUAAUGAAGCAAAGCAUCGUUCUGGAAUCUCUCGACGCUUUAAGCCGCAAUGAAGGAGACAGCGGAGAAUCCACCAUUAGAUGGAGAGGCGCGAGACAUGCAACGUGAGAAGGCGAUCCAUCGGAAUUGAUUGCAGAGUUUCUAGGAAAUGGGAAGGCCAAAAAAGGAUGGGAAGACAAAGCCUUCCAAAAGGCCAGUGGAGGAACCAGAAAGGUCAGCCCCUAUAGAGACUGUCGAAGUGGUUACUCAGGAAAGUGAAACCGUGCCAGAAACUCAGCAGGCAGAAAGAGAGGGCGAACAACAAGUGAAUGAGCUAGAGAAUGAAGAAGUUCAUCCCUAGAAUGAUGACAUAGCUUUUGAAGAGGAUGCGAACCUAAACCAGGGGGUCUCAUUCUACUGGGGGAUGUUCUUCGGCUCACAAGAAGAAAGGCAGAGGUCCUGGAAUAGGGGUGAAGCCGGGCCAUGACAUUCACCUUGAGAUACAUGACAACAGGAUCGUCACACCACAGGCUGCCGAUGAACUCACUGCCAUCUUCAAAAGGAGCAUCACUGGACCAUGGAUAAGGUUCUCAGAGUACCCGGCUUCUGCUUUGCAGACCGUGAUUGCUCGUUUCAAGGAAUCUGGGUUCACAUGAUCUCUGCCAGAGGAAGAACUCAAUGUUCAUCUCAAUGAACAUAUCAAGAGGAACUUUUCCCAGUGGAUGUAUGGGUUCCGUAACCAAGUAUUCUCUGAACAUGCUACCCUUGCUGAAAGGCUUAACAAUCCACCUACUGAAAUCCCUGCUCAUAUUUGGAGGGAUAUGGUUAACAAGUGGAGUGACCCAAACUGGAAGAGCACCAGUGAUAAGAACAAAGCCAAUCGUGAGAAGUCUGAGCUCACUGCUACUGGCGGAUCUGUUCCCAUGGCAAAGUUUAGGCUUGAUCAGAUCAAGAAGACGGGAAAAGAACCAGAUCCUAUAGAGACAUUCAAGAAGUUCCAUGUUAAGAAGGCCAAUGGUGAAUUCACCACCCCAAAAGCUCAGACCAUACAUGUUGAAUUGAAGAAUAAGGAAGCUGAGAAGUUGAGUCAAGGGGAAGAGGAGAACCAGUUUGCGAUUUAUGGUGAGGGCUGCAGCAAAAGGUGCAAAGAGGACCGAAGGCAAGAGAAAGCGAAGAAUGAUGAGAUGAUAAGCAUGCUGAAAGAAGUGCUAGUACAGGUGAAGAAUGGAAUUCCUCAAAUUGUCGAGGACACCUUGAAGAGGCUAGGAGUUAUUUUGGCAGAGUCCUCAAUGGCUGGAGACAAGGGGGUGAAUGAUGAAGAUGAAGGAUGGAGACGGGGAAGUGAAUGAUGAAGAUGAUGACGGUAUUGAUGAUGAGAAAAACUCUCCCUGAUGAUGAUGAUUACUAAGUUUGCAGCGCUAGGAAGAAGGCAACAGUAGGAACUUUGCAAGUUCCAAUUUUCAAUCGGAAGUUUGCAGCUAGGAAGAAGGCAGCCGUAGGAACUUUGCAAGUUCCAUUUUUCAAUCGGAUUAUGUUUAUGUUAUGUGUUCGGUUGUUUUGUUAUAUGUUUGAACAAGUGUUGUAGGUGGUUUCUGUGUGCGUUUAAGACAAUUUUGGUGGUUAGG